CGGAAUGCUGCUAUCACCGCCAUUGUUCCCGGUAGGCUAAACGACGGCUGUGUCAUCUUCAAAAUGGCAUGAGAAGUCCCAAAGGUUAUUCGAGAAAUUCGACGACAGAAACGAGUAUGUGCGACAGGUCACCUUCAGCUUGCAUGGGGCCAAGGGUUGCCCACCCACACCUUCUGGACAGCCUAUGGAGUGUGCCUCUGAUCACAGCCGCCGCGGCAUUCCUGAGCACGGUCGGCGUGUCCAACCACGGAUUCUUCUACGUCGUGUACAUGGGCCACUACGGAGCGACACGCGAGGAAGCAUCGUGGCCCGCCAGUAUUCAUUCUAUUGUCUGCCAUGUGAUAGGUCUCAUUAUCGCAGCUCUACAACGACGAACUGUAUCCGUGCACAACCUUACACUGCUAGGUGGCCUACUCUCUUGGAUGGGCUUUGUACUUUCGGCAUUCGCUCCUAAUAUCCAAACUAUAUCUAUAACCAUGGGGGUCAUUUACGCUAUGGGCUCCGGGACCAUGGUGAUAAUGCUGUCUGUUUACAACAUUGCGUACUUCAUGAAGUAUCGAGGAGUGGCCACUGGUUUCAAGUUCGUAGGCUGGUCCCUUUCGGGUUUAGUCUUUCCACCUGUACUCACCGUCCUCUUCAAUACUUACGGCUUCGAAGGUGGCAUGCUGCUGCUCGGCGGAAUAGUUAUGAAUGUUAUGGUCUUCAUUAUGCUGCUAAGAAAUCCGAGAGCCAUCCACUGUUGUGCCACUGCAAGAAGAAAAAUAAGCAGCCAGCACCUAGUUUACCGUGCACCCCUUUUAUUUGCUUACAAGAAAACUCUGUUCCAGGCAAAGACUGUGCUUGACGCCGAAAACGUGUGUCGACUACCCGUGGAAACCGAGCUCAAGUCAAGUGGCGAUUCACAAGGCAAGCCAUCCGAGACUCGGGGCUCAUGCAUCGAGUCACUCUGCGCAGCUUUCGCGCCACUAAAGGCCCCCAUAUUUUACGCCUUCCUUCCGUCGUUUGUGCUGUGCGACUACGGCGAAAUGCUUCUGUCGACGACCAUCGUGGACUAUGCUAUAGACAAAGGAUUCACUGUUACCCAAGCCAAGCACAUGAUCAUAUGCAUAUCGCUGGCGGGGCUCGUCGGGAGGCUACUUUUUCCACUGGCAGCAGACCGGGGCUACCUGAGCCGUAGCGCACUGGUGGCGCUGUGCUACGUGUUGAUAACGCUAGCAUGCAUGGCGUUGCCUCACGUCCACUCGGUGGUAGGGGUCUGGUUGGUGUGCUUUGUGGCCGCAGCGCAGUUUGGUUGCCUUCUGACCAUGAAAGGUGUCCUAGUGGCGGACUACCUUGGUAUCGAGCACAUUGCGGCGGCUAUAGGCGUCACGGGACUGGCGAUGCUGCCUCUGCUACUGGGAAACCCUGCGAUCGUAGGGUUCUUUCGGGACACAAUGGGCUCGUACGACAACCUUUUCCGGUCAUUUGCAGCCCUGGCCUUCCUCGUGGCGAUGAUGCUUCUGGGCGUCGUGUGCCACGAAAGGACAAACAACGAGUUCCAGUGUCGGCUCCGUAGUUCCGGCCACGUUAACUACGGAGCCACCAUAUAACGGCAGUAUGGGUGCUAUCACCAACGUUCUAGGACAGUACUGGUUAACUACUGUUAUAUGUCAUGCCGUUUGAUAACACACGGGUCAAGAGAACGCUAUUCUUCGGAAGUGGUGGGAAUUAACGGAAGUGGUCUUACGUAUGUAUAGGCGUACAUUGGUGCUCAAUCAAAGCAUUACGCAUGAGAUUUGACUGCUUAGUUCACAACCCUGAUUGCUCGGGCCAUCACUAGGGACGUCGACAAAGGUCAUUCCUAUAGCGCCUUAUUCUUUUGGCUUUUUUGCAUAUUGCUACCACCUUGUCCUCCAUGGAAAGACAGUCCCACACGGGCUCACUAAAUCCAGAGGCUUCCGCGGCAGCUGCAAUGGCACGAAUACCACCACUCUCACUGAAAACCCCGGGACGUUUUAUGUUGGUUGUGAUGAUUCCUAUGACGACACCUUCGUGGUUGUAUUGAGGCACAAGGCAAAAAGAAGAAAGCUCAGCAUGGCAUUCCGUUUGAGUACGUCCAUUGGAAAAGCUACGCCGACUACUGAGGCAUUCACCAUUCUUUCCGUGCUUGUA